AUGGCUUCCGUGCACUUCCCGGAGACCAACACCACCACUAACGAAGGCGACACCGAGGUUCGCGAGGUGACCAGUAAUGUCUCCAAGCCGACCAAACGACAACGAUGGGCCACCACACGUCUCGCCGGGUCCGGCGGCGUGCGGAAACGCGUCUCGAUCUUGGACCGCUUUAACAAACGAGCAGAGAUGAAGGAGGAGAAACGGAGGUCCGCACUCGGGUCCUCAGCGGGAGGACCACAAGUGAACGGAGAGGUGUAUCAGGAACCUGGGCAAGAGAACAGAGCGAUCUAUUUCAACAUCCCAAUACCGGAAUCUGAGCGCGAUGAGGAUGGUCAUUUACGCAUGGUCUAUCCCAGGAACAAGAUCCGCACCUCCAAGUACACGCCGUUGACCUUCAUUCCGAAGAAUAUCUGGCUGCAGUUCCACAACAUUGCGAACAUCUACUUCUUGUUCGUCAUUAUACUCAACUUCUUCCCAAUUUUCGGCGCCAACAAUCCCGGUUUAAACGCCGUGCCUCUGAUCGCUAUUAUCGUCGUGACGGCCAUCAAAGACGGCAUUGAGGAUUGGGGGCGGACAGUCAUGGACAACCAAGUCAACAACUCGCCUGUAUAUCGCUUGGUUGAAUGGAACAACGUCAACUCGACCGAAGACAGCAUCUCCAUAUGGCGUCGCGUCAAGAAGGCCUGCACGAGGAGCACGAUUGCCACAUAUCACUGGAUGAAGGCCAAUUUUAGCAAAAAGAAGGAGAUCGAAGAGGAGUCUGCGGGUCCACAGCGUCGCGACUCGUUCGUGACCCUGGUGACGCCGCGCACGUCGAUGUAUUCGCAGCGCGACUCGAUGGCUCCGAAUGAGGUGGCCAUCCAGAUGACGGAUGUUCCGGCGUCCCCACCUCCCGAAGUCCGUGAAGACUGGCCAAUUGCAAAUAACCAAGCGAGCGCGUUUUUGUCGCCCAACAGCGCAAUGGGUGAAGGCGCAGGCACCGCCUCUCCAACGAAGAAAACGGGGAGUGUGGUCGACCCCUCCAAACAAACCCCCGGCACGGCGCGUUUCAAGCGCGACUAUUGGAAGAACCUCCAGGUCGGGGAUUUUGUUCGAUUGUUCAAUGAUGACCCGGUUCCAGCUGAUAUUGUCGUUCUGUCAACCUCGGAUCCCGACGGGGCUUGCUAUAUCGAAACGAAAGGGUUGGACGGUGAGACCAAUUUGAAGGUCCGCCACGCUCUCCACUGUGGUCGCCAAGUACGACAUGCCCGAGACUGUGAAAAGGCCGAGUUCUAUAUUGAAAGUGAAGCCCCGCAACCAAACCUGUAUUCCUACAAUGGCGCGAUUCGCUGGGACCAGCGUGACCCGGCCUUUCCAGAGUCUCCCCGAAAGGAGAUGGUGGAGGCGAUCUCCAUCAACAAUAUCUUGCUUCGUGGGUGCAGCCUCCGCAGCACCGAGUGGGUUUUGGGUGUGGUUGUCUUCACCGGACAAGAGAGCAAGAUCAUGCUCAACUCCGGCGCGACCCCGACCAAGCGUCCUCGCAUGGCUAAGGAUCUCAACUGGAAUGUCAUUUACAACUUCAUCAUCCUGUUCAUCAUGUGUCUGGUGUCGGGCAUUAUCAACGGUUUCGCUUGGGCUGCCCGGGACAAAUCCCUGGACUUUUUCGACUUUGGGUCCUACGGGGGCACGCCCGCCGUGACGGGCAUUGUGACGUUCUGGACUGCAGUCAUCCUGUUCCAGAACUUGGUGCCCAUCUCGCUGUACAUCUCCCUCGAAAUUGUCCGCACCAUCCAGGCGGUCUUUAUUCACAGCGACCAGUUCAUGUACUAUGACAAGCUGGGGAUCUACUGUGUGCCCAAGUCCUGGAACAUCUCGGAUGAUGUCGGACAGGUCGAGUACAUUUUCUCCGAUAAGACCGGAACCUUGACCCAGAACGUGAUGGAGUUUAAGAAAUGCACAGUCAACGGCGUUUCAUACGGCGAAGCGUACACCGAAGCUCAGGUCGGCAUGCGGCGUCGCGAGGGCUUCAACGCUGACGAGGAGGCCGCUCAGGCCCGCGAGCAGAUUGCUGUUGAUGGACAGAAAAUGAUAGAAAUGCUGCGUGGCAUCCAUGAUAACCCUUACCUGCGCGAUGAAAAUCUCACUUUCGUUGCCCCAGAUUAUGUGUCCGACCUGCAGGGCCGAAGUGGGGAGCAGCAGAGGAAGGAAGUGGAACAUUUCAUGCUGGCUUUGGCACUCUGCCACACUGUCAUUACGGAGCACACUCCCGGCGAUCCUCCGCAGAUCGAGUUCAAGGCCCAAUCACCCGAUGAAGCAGCUUUGGUCAGCACUGCUCGGGAUUGUGGAUUCACCAUGCUUGGUCGGGCUGGCGACGAUCUGCUUCUCAAUGUGUUGGGCGAGGAACGCACGUACACCGUCCUGAACACCCUCGAGUUCAAUUCGUCUCGGAAGCGUAUGAGUGCGAUCAUCCGGAUGCCGGAUGGUUCCAUUCGGCUUUUCUGCAAGGGUGCCGACAGCAUCAUCUACUCUCGCCUGGCUCGUGGCAAGCAGCAGGAGCUCAGAAAGCAAACUGCAGAGCACCUGGAGGAAUUUGCCCGGGAAGGACUGCGCACCCUGUGUGUGGCCGACCGCGAGCUCACCGAGCAGCAAUAUCAAACCUGGAGUCGGGAGCACGAUAUCGCUGCCGCUGCCAUCACGGAUCGCGAGGAAAAGUUGGAAAAGGUUUCAAGCGAGAUUGAGCAAGAACUGAUGCUCAUCGGAGGCACUGCCAUCGAAGAUCGUCUUCAGGACGGCGUGCCCGACACCAUCUCGUUGCUCGCGGAUGCCGGUAUCAAGUUAUGGGUUUUGACCGGUGACAAAGUCGAGACAGCCAUCAAUAUUGGGUUCUCCUGCAAUCUGCUCAACAACAACAUGGAGCUGCUCGUGUUUAACAUCCCCGAAAGCCAACCGGAGCAGGCGGAGAAUGAACUUGAUAAACACCUCGCGAUCUUUGGCUUGACUGGUUCCGACGAGGAGCUGGUCGCCGCGCGCAAGGACCAUACGCCACCCGAGCCCACACACGCACUCAUCAUCGAUGGUGAAACCCUCAAGCUCAUGCUCUCGGACGAGCUGAAGCAGAAAUUCCUUCUUCUAUGUAAACAGUGCAAGGCUGUUCUUUGCUGCCGUGUCAGUCCGGCACAGAAGGCGGCCGUUGUGAACAUGGUCAAGAACGGUCUGAACGUGAUGGCUCUGGCGGUUGGUGACGGUGCGAAUGAUGUUGCCAUGAUUCAAGAAGCCGAUGUGGGUGUCGGUAUCGCAGGUGAGGAAGGACGACAAGCCGUCAUGUCUUCAGAUUAUGCGAUUGGACAGUUCCGCUUCCUCCAGCGCCUUCUUCUGGUGCAUGGCCGGUGGUCCUACCGUCGCCUUGGAGAGUGUACCGCCAAUUUCUUCUACAAGAACUUGGUGUGGACUUUUGCGCUCUUCUGGUAUUCGAUUUAUAAUGACUUUGACGGCUCCUAUCUCUUCGACUACACCUACAUUGUGCUGGUUAACGUCGCGUUCACUUCCCUACCGGUUAUCUUCAUGGGUAUCUUCGAUCAGGACGUCGAUGACAAGGUGUCUCUCGCGGUUCCUCAGCUCUACAUGCGAGGCAUUGAACGCAAGGAAUGGUCACAACUCAAAUUUUGGCUGUACAUGGCCGAUGGCUUGUACCAAUCGGUUGUCUGCUUCUUCUUGCCAUAUCUUCUAUAUGCGCCGGCCAAUUUUGCGACCGAAAGCGGCCGCGACAUAUCCGAUCGUGUCCGCAUGGGUGUCUUGAUUGCGACCUGUGCCGUCAUUGCCAGCAACACCUACAUCCUGAUGAAUACCUACCGCUGGGACUGGCUCGUCUGCCUCAUCAACGUCAUCAGUUCGCUCUUGAUCUUCUUCUGGACCGGCAUCUACACGUCGGUUCUCUCGUCGGGCCAGUUCUACAUGGCGGCCCGGGAGGUAUACGGUUCGUUGUCUUUCUGGGUCAUGCUUCUCAUGACGGUCGUGUUCUGCCUCCUGCCCCGGUUUGCGGUAAAGGCCGUCCAGAAGGUGUUCUUCCCUCUGGAUGUCGACAUCAUUCGCGAGCAGGUGACGCUGGGCAUGUUCAAGUAUCUGGAUAAGUUUGACGAUUACGUGCCCCCUAAGGCCGGCGAUGUGACCGCGGCGGCCACCACCACCACUAGCGACGAAUCCGCGACCUCCUCGGAACUUAGCAAGCCAGUGCGGCCCGCGAUGAAGCAGGACCCCGUCGCUACGGACGAUGAGCGGCCCUUUUACCCGCCGUCCGUUGCCCCGACCGCCAAUACGCAUGUACCUCGCAGUCAGAAUGGCAGUAAUGGCACUAACUAUAGCGAUAGCCUACAUCAAUACCCACAGCCACAGGCGGUGGAUUUCAUUCGGCGGUCGGGAGAACGGACACGUCAUUCGUUCGAACGGGCCCGACAGAGUUUCGAGGCGAGUAACGACUUCACCUCGGCCGCCAUGCUCACUCGCAUGGAAUCCUCGCACCGUCCGUACGAAGAUCCUUUCCGGACCCCCAACGAGACUCCGCCACCUGCGAUAUAA